GGAGAGAGGGGGCAACAAAUGCCCAACCCAAACCUUCUCCUCCUUCACCCCCAAAGCCCACCUCUUUCACCACCAGCGCCUCCCCUCAACUCGGCUCGACUCGAUCUCAACUUCCUCUUCGCGUCCGGGCCUUCUCACCCUUUGCCACCUCUAUUUCCCGUGAUUCCUCUCCCUCCCAUGGUUGUGACUUCGGUCGCCUGCGCCGGCUCCUCUCGCAAGCUCCCAGCCUCCUCUUACUCCUCCACCACCACCCCCGCGUCGUGGUUCGGUCCUGUGCCCGCCUAGGAUCCUACUUCCCCGGCUUCAAUCGUAUCUCUAUCCCUCCCCGCGAUUUCUCCGGUCGAUCGCGCGCGCUGUCACUCCUUUGUCCAAUUCCUACCCCUCCCCGCGUGUCGUCCCUAUAUGGCGUGAGGCACGAGCUAGAUCCUUUCAAAAUACCCUUCCCGCGAUUCCCUGGUGUUUACUCAGACAAAUCAACAUCACCGAACCUCCCCGUCCCUACUUGUCACCCGUCACCACCUCACUUAACGUGCAUGCUUUAUCCGCGCUGUCACCACACCUACACCUCAUUUAUCCUUCAUUUGUGAAGAGGGACCAUCAUGCCCCCGGGUGGACUCCCGGCUAGCCUGGUCGCAGGCAAGCCUACUCCGACAGUCAACACCUCGGGCUACGGAAGUAGCUAUCAGAAAAACACACCUACUUCCCCGGAGGAUAGUCUCAUCCCUUUUGACUCACCCUCUACCCGCACAGCUGGAAAUCACAGUCCUUUGAGCCCAGAAGACCGUUCCCCGCGGGGCCUUGAACCUGAUCAACCAGGUUUCCGGGACAGAUCCAAUGUGAGGGAUAGAUCGCGCCCAAAUGGGCGGCCCCACAAUAAGUCUCCAGGCUCGUCCCGUCUCUGUCAAAAGUGUAAUGAGCCCUUAACUGGGCAAUUUGUACGCGCAUUGGGUGGUACUUUCCAUCUGGAAUGUUUCAAGUGUGAGGAUUGUGGUGAAAUAGUCGCCUCCAAAUUUUUCCCCGUCGACUCGGACGAUGGGUCAUACCAAUUUCCCCUUUGCGAGACGGACUACUUCCGGCGGUUGAACCUUCUAUGCCACGACUGUGGUGGUGCUCUCCGUGGCUCCUACAUUACAGCAUUAGAUCGCAAAUACCACAUUGAGCAUUUCACCUGCUCUGUGUGUCCAACGGUAUUCGGUGCCCAGGACUCUUAUUAUGAACAUGAUGGCAAGGUCUACUGUCAUUUCCAUUACUCGACUCAAUUCGCUCAGCGCUGCCAUGGAUGUCAUACCGCAAUUCUUAAGCAGUUUGUGGAGAUCUUCCGUAAUGGCCAAAACCAACAUUGGCACCCCGAGUGUUACAUGAUCCACAAAUUCUGGAAUGUCCGACUAUCACCCGCUGGCCAAACUUGGGAACCGCCGCCUGUCGACGCCGAUGCCACACCUGAGGAGCGUGAAAACAUCCGCCGGGAGGAAGAUUCGAUGGAGGAGAAGGUUUACAACAUUUGGAGCACUCUCUCCACGUUUGAGGAAUCAUCCGCCGCGUGCAUCUCUGACAUGCUGCUACACGUUAGCAAUGGAGCAUACAUCGACGGUGUCAUCGUGGCUAAGCGAUUCAUUGCCCAUGUUGAAAUCCUUUUCGCCGCCGUCGACGAACUGGCAUUGUACAUCAGAUCUCAUGGCGUUAAGGAUCUAUCAUACGGUCGAGAGGCUAAACUUCUCUGCAAAAAGAUUGUCGCAUUCUUCGCCCUCCUAUCCAAGACGCAAGAGACCGGUGUUCGCAAGCUCGGGGUUACCCAGGAGCUGCUCUCGCUAGUGACUGGCCUCGCUCAUUAUCUUAAGCUUCUCAUCCGUAUCGGUCUCCAGGGUGCGCUGAAGCUUGAGCGGGAGAAGUCGGCACCGGAUGGUUUGCACAAUUUCCUCGCGCACCUGGCCGACCAAGAAUCCCUCGCUCCUCCGGAAGAUGAGAAUGCGCCUAUUGAUCUAAAUGCCGGUGUCGAGGGUCUGGCUGAUCAGCUUUCAGAUUGCUGUUUCUCAUGCAAAGAGCCCAUUGACGACGAGUGUGUACGCCACGGAGAAAAUCGCUGGCAUCUGAAACCCCCUCAUCUGGCAUGCUCCUCAUGUGAGAAGGAGUUGACAUUUGAUCUUGCGGAUGCGUUGUGGCACGAAGGCGAAAAGCGCACGUAUUGCUCACCAUGCGCUGAUCAUCUUAAUCUCGGUUCGAAUGCACGGGCCGGUUUCAUCCAGGUCACCAAAUUGCAGCAAUUCGUCUUCCUGUUACGAGUUGCUCUUGCACGCCUUCUAGCAGUUCUUCGUGCUGGAGGUACCCUACCUUCUACACCUGAAGAUCCGAACGCUCAAGGCAAGGGGGACAAAGAUGUGUACCGCGUGCAACCCGGUGAUGUUCGCCGAUCCAAUACUCUUUCUCAGUCUCAUGGCGGUAAUCGCGGUGGCUUCGAAGAGUCGUCUCUGGAGCAGACUGUCGGUGAGAUGCGUCGCUUGCGUUCUCUUCGCAACGAGCGCACUCUUUCUACGACAUACAAGAAAGCUCGCGCAUCUCGAAUUAUCGAUGGCCCAGAGGGCCGGAGUGUCCGACCUGGGUCUUCGGGUAACGAUGGCAGUGACCCUCGUGGACCCGGCUUCCAGAUUGUCGAGGAACGAGAUGCCAACGGCGAAACUGUGAAGGAUCUGACAUUCGGUGCUCAAGAUGCCCUCACAUUGGAUGAUAUCCCUCGUAUCGUUGCAGCCGAACAGGCCAAGGAGCAGCGGCCCAACGCCUAUCGACACGCCGGUUCUAAGCUUGUGGGAACCAUGGAAGGAAUGCCCACCUACAAGCCAGGACACGCACGUGAGAUGUCGAGGAACCAGCUGGAUAUGCUUGUGGAUUCUUCGACCCGUAGCAAACGCUACUUCUCGGAGCUCACGGCAUUAGAAUAUUUCAUUGUCCGCCAUGUUGCUGUCUUGUCGAUGGAGCCGUUGCUGGAUGGGCAGUUCAGUAUGGAAGAGCUGCUCUCUCUGAUCGAAUCUCGCAAGCCUACCAUCUGGAACAUCUUCGGCCGCGCCUUCAAGGAUGAGAAGAAGAAGGGCAAGAAGAAGGGAGUCUUUGGUGUUUCACUCGACUACUUGGUCGACAAGGAGGGUACCGAGUCUGGGCACGGCGUCGGCCCUGGUGCCUUACGAAUCCCAGCACUCGUAGAUGAUGCCGUUUCCGCUAUGCGCCAGAUGGACAUGUCGGUUGAGGGUGUCUUCCGAAAGAAUGGCAACAUUCGCCGUCUCAAGGAACUCGCCGAGUUGAUUGAUACUAAGUAUGACCAGGUUGAUAUGACCAAGGAGGGUCCAGUGCAGAUUGCAGCGCUUCUGAAGAAGUUCCUUCGCGAAAUGCCUGAUCCAUUGAUGACUUUCAAAUUGCACCGUCUUUUCGUUGCGUCUCAGAAACUAUCGGACUCCGAGAAACAGAAGCGAGUGCUGCAUUUAGCCUGCUGUCUCCUACCCAAGGCUCAUCGCGAUACGAUGGAGGUCCUUUUCACGUUCCUCAACUGGACAUCAUCCUUCUCGCACAUUGAUGAGGAGUCGGGCAGCAAGAUGGAUAUUCACAACCUGGCUACUGUCAUGACGCCCAAUAUUCUCUACCCGAACACGAAGAACGGCACCGUGGACGAGAGUUUCCUAGCGAUUGAAGCUGUCAACGCUCUGAUCACAUAUAACGACACCAUGUGUGAGAUUCCGGAGGACUUGCAAGCCGUUCUGAGUGAUCCUACGCUUUUCAAGGAGAACUCUGAAGUGACGUCCAAGGACAUCUUGAAGCGAUAUGGUGACAUCGCUCGAGGAAGCUUCUCAACGAGACCGGACAAUGGUGGGGAGACCUUUACCAUCAACAACCAUCGAAAUGCGAGCACCCCGACCUCGGCUUGUAUCGAGACCGACCCUUCUCAGGAUACUGCCUGGCAGAUGCAGAGCUCAGUUCGCCACGUUCCAGGGCCUAGUGGGCACUCCCACCAAACAAGUGCCCAGCAUCAAGCUGGUCUUGACUUUGGACCACCUCAGCCACCUCAAGCUGCCUAUCACCGUGAACGCAGUCAUAGUAACGGCAGUCAAGCUGGUACAGACGGGCAGCAAGGUCUCCCCUACCGCCCACGACCCAGUCCCGGCGCUAUGGGUGUUACUGGGUAGAAUGUCUUUGUCUCUUUCUCACCUGCACAGCUGUCAUCAAUACACCAUAAAUUGAUGACUCUAAUUCGCAUUUCACAACCUGGCGCCAUCUGUGACAGCCCAAGGUGUAUUUUUCUUUCCCUCUUUUUCUUUUCUGGGGGCGUGUUGAGCGUUUUUCAUUUUCAAGUCGACUUUUCAUCACUGCCCUGUCCCAUUUCCAUUCAUCUCGUCUCGACUGACAGGUUUGGUUGACGGAGUUAUCUCAUCUUCACAUUCUACAUCAUUCAAAAUUCUCACCUAAAAGUGAAUCAUCAUCCCUCAUUGGUCCCGAUACCUUUGGUGUACCUAUUGCUUACAUACCCUACCCAUCCUUUUCCCCUUAGUUCAUGGGUGCUACCGUGCGUUUCGUCCCCAACAGUUUUCUUUUUAUCAUCUUUCUUUCCUUUUCAUACAUACCCAUCCAUACCUGACCUACCCACUCUGUCGGAAUCAUGUAUGUUUCUCCUUGCUUUCGCUCACUACGGGCGUACUUGUCUACAGUCUAUGCUCUUUCAUAUUUUCUCUUCCGCUUCUCUCUUGAACCCAGGCUCCAGGUUUUACCUUGGUUCAUCCCUUUUUGCAUUUUUUGCUUUUUUACCUUUCUUCUCCCAGAUCUGCUGAUCUAGCAUUGGUCCAUGGAGUCCUCUUGUGAAUUCUCUAUGCUUUUUUUUUAACCUUUCUUCAGACGUCUUUGCGAUCAGGCCUGAUUGCAAUCAAUGAUACCUGUGCUGAGUCUUGAGUCUCAAUGUAGCUGUUCCUUUUUACACUGGGUUCUUUGGAUGAUAGCUUUAGCUUUUUUUUAAUCGGGUAUCUUGGCGCCAAAUUUUGGGAUAUCAAUAGUUCUGCUCAAUUUAGGCACAUAUUUGCUG